UUUAGGACUUACAGAAGAAGAUAACAGUUGCCGCCUGCCGGAACUUCCAGAGUGUAUUGGUCGGGGGGGAGAUUCCGAUUAGGUUCGUCUUUUCUCAAAGGCACGAACACGAAGACCGUCUUCUAACAAAGACUACCACAGUCCUCUGUUUCUCGUCAGAUUUCUUCGCUCUAUAAACACGUUUAAGCAGAGGAGAAUCGAUGGCGACUCCUGCUAUUGCUGUCCACUUUAAUCCUUGCCAUGCGGCGGAAAAUAUGGUCGGCUGUAGCUCCAGUUUGAUGGACAGAAAAAGAUUCUGUCUUUCACUUUCACGGAUAGAUUCGCUUGCAACCCAACACCGGAAGAAAGUUUGCAGGACACGACAUACCUUUGGAGGAAAUGGAAAUGGAAAUAGAUAUGAUAGAAGGAAUGUAAAGUUGGUUUCAUUGAAUUGCGAGUUUUACAGGGGGUUUCAUAAUAGGCAAUUGGAUGCAACAGAGCUAACGAACGAUGCCCAUAAGUUGUUUGAUGAAAUUCGCGAUAGAACUGUACCUGGUUAUUCUACUUUGAUAAGGUCAUAUUGCAGGUCUGAAAGAUGGGAGGAGGUUUUCUCGCUUUUAGGUUUGAUGAUUCGUGAUGGUAUAUUUCCAGAUAAAUAUCUUGUGCCAACGCUCUUAAAAGCUUGUUCAGCAGUUCGAUUCUUGAAAUAUGGUAAGAUGAUCCAUGGGUAUGCUGUUAGGAUGCAAUUGGAAAGGGAUAUUGUUGUGGGAAAUGCACUUUUGAAUUUCUAUGGUAACUGUUUCGAUAUGAUAUAUUUGAGAAACUUGUUUGAUUAUAUUCAGGAGAAGGAUGUAGUGUCGUGGUCUACUCUAAUUUCAUCUUAUAUGAACAUAGGAUUAGUGGAGGAGGCAGAAAAUUCUUUUCGCGAAAUGCAGUUGUGUGGAGUGAAUCCUGAUAUAAUAACUUGGAAUGCUCUAGUAUCCGGUUUCGCUAGAAAUGGAGAGAUUGAAUCGGCUAUUAUAUAUUUGAAUUGUUUCAAUCCAAAUGUAGCUUCUUGGAAUGGAAUUAUUUCAGGUUUUGUUCAAACUGGAUGUUUCGAACAGGCAUUAGAUAUGUUUUCGAAAAUGCUGCAUUUCCCAGAGAAUCCUAAUUCCGUGACAGUUGUGGGUGUCUUACCCGCCUGUGAACUUCCCCUAGGUAGAGCUAUUCAUGGAUAUGCUAUUAAAAAAAACCUUAAUGGGAACAUUCUUGUGGCAGGUUCUCUGAUGAAUAUGUAUUCAAAAUGUGGAGCUUUCGAUUGUACUGAGAAAGUGUUUACUCAAACAAAGAACAAAAACACUGCCUUAUGGAAUGAGAUCAUUGCAACCCAUGUUGACAGGGGUAAAAUGGACAUUGCAUUGGAACUUAUUACAUCAAUGCGAGAGAGCGGUUUGGUGCCAGAUGAGAUUUCGUAUAACACAAUACUUUAUGGGUAUGCAAAAGAUCGAAAAAAGAAUGAAGCCUACGACUUACUAUCCAAGAUAACCCCAACCAUUGUUUCAUUCAACAUUUUAAUUUCAGGAUUUCAGCAAUCUGGUCUUAGCUAUGAAGCUUUGAGGUCAUUCAUAAUCCUACAAUCAUAUUCUACGAUAACUCUGAAUUCAAUCACCAUUUCCAGUAUUCUCGCCGCUUGUGCUGAUCUAAACGCGUUAACCCAAGGGAAGGAAAUCCACGCGUAUAUUUUGAGAAACUGUUACGAGUCUAACAUCUUCGUCUCGACUGCAGUUGUCGAUAUGUACUCGAAAUUUAGUGAUAUUACUUCUGCAAUUAAGGUAUUCAACAGUAUGAAGAUUAGAAACACGGUUUCGUGGAACAGUUUGAUUAAUGGGCAUGUUAAGAAUGGUAAUCGUGAAGAAGCGUUUAAAGUGUUUAAUGAAAUGCUAGAUGAUGGAUCUGAGCCGAGCUUAAUAACCUUUAUGAUACUUGUUUCUCUAUGUGGUGAAAUGACCGAGUUAUCUGUUGGUAGAUCGUUGCAUGGAUUUAUUUUGAAAACUCAGAAUUUGAGAAACAAUAGACAACUUGUAAAUGCGGUUAUAGACAUGUAUGUUAAAUGUGGUUACAUAUCGGAGAGUAUGAUCCUUGGAUUGUGAGAAGGGCCCGAAGUUUCUUAGAAAUACGAUAACUAGCGGUUAGUUCAUGGCCAAGCUACAAAAUCUGAUACAUUGAGUGAAAAAUCGCAAGGUUCUGCUGGGAAUUGAGUGCGAAAUCGAUGGUUUUUUUAUAAACUUGCAAGCAUAAUUUCAGAAUCUGCGACGUCUCGAGAGGAUUUUUCCAGGUAUUUGGCUUAUUUCUCGAUCUUUUGUAGGGUUUUUGUUAGAUAGAUUUAAGCUUUUAUUUGUUCUAUUAGGAUUUAAAGCAGCUUGUAGUUUAUUGUAUGCUUUGUUAUUAUAUAUAUAUAUGCAGGCUUGUUUGA